UGUGAAGAGCAGACUCUAACAACACCUGAACGAACUGCAAGGUGCGUGAAUUUUGGAACGUGAAAAUCACGACAACUUUUCGGACAUUACGGAUGAUGAGGGGUCGAACAAAUACGGGGGACGAGGAGGCUGCGACUUUUGAUGCGUCUGGAGAGAGACGAGCAAGUAUCGAAGUGAUUCAGAGUCUGCUGAAGAAAGUGUCCCAGAGCCCCUUUCAUGAUCAAUAUUCAAAUGGAGAGCUGCUCGCCGACUGUCCAGCUGGAGAUGUAGAGAGCAGCAACCAGACACUCUUCAGUGAGAAUCUGAAAAUGGAAGCGAGCCAUUGUCACACGUCUGGAGUCCAGGAUGGAGUCAGUGGUGGUUUGUCCAGAUCAAAUCCCAUUUAUGCCUAUUAUUUGGAAUCGGGUUACAACAACCAGGGGAGAGAAGACGUGUCGGUCUCAUCAGAAAAGGCAACCUCCGACUCAAUCUUUUCUUCGCAUGAAUUCCAACAAUCUCCCACUGAUCCUCAAGCAGCAAGCAGGACCUUGGAAAAUGGUUCUAGUGAACACCCAAAAGAUCCUUUCUGGACUCCCACUCCAGUUCCCAGAUUGCCGAAAAAACCUGCUCUAAACAACAGCUUAACAAAGGAAACGCAUCAUGAUGUCACCCUGGGCACCCCAGACCAUGAGAACCUGUCGAAGAGCCUCACCUCUGACUCGAUCAACAGAGAUGUGGGGGAUAUUUUUCAUGCUCCGAAAGACGAGGGAAAGGCUCCUCAGUCGGACUCUUCAAACAGCUACGUGAACCCGUUUCAGAGUUCUUCGAACAUGAGUGAUGACCUUUUCCAAAUUCCUGAGCCAAGAGUUAAAACUUUGUCUAUGGAUGUUCAGGAAGUAUUCUCACCCUCCUCCUCACAUUCAGUUGACCCUUUCCCAAGUCCAAUAACAAGGAAUUUGCUUUCGGAUUUCAGUAGUUUGGAUGACUCCGCUGAUGCUAAAGAACCUGAACUGAUCCAGAGGCCUUUAAGCAUGUUUUUACAAUCCCCUCCAUCAAAGACCGUGGAAAAAAGCAGUGCAUUUGAUACGCCCAGUACUGAUGUUCCAAAUGGAAUCCUGUUGACGACUCCGGAUGGGAGGACUUACGACAGUCCUCAAGAGAGUCCUGUGCUCAGGCCAAGAAACCUGUCUGCAUCUCCCAGCAGCUCUCCGAAUGAGAUGGAGCAUGUGCCGACAUUCAAGCGUCCUCCGAGACCCCUCCCCCGAACCAGACUACGCAAGCCAGAUAAACCACCCCAACCCAAGGAUAUGGAAGCAGACGCAGUUGCGCCAAAAGCCUCACCCAAGCUCGCUAUUAGGCCACUCCCAAAACCACCCAUUCGCCUCAAACAAAAAUCCCCGCAAAUGAAACCAGUGGACCCAGCGAACUUUGUCGUCUUUGAGGACAUUCUGCUGAUCGGGCAGGAACACUGUGUGGAGGACUGGCCAGAUGAUAGUCCCCAACUACAGCCCGAUUUCAAACCAGGUGGGACUUUGAGAUUAAGACGAGAAUCUUUGUUGAUGAAGACUGAGUCGGAUGGAGCAAGUGGGGAAGAUCAGAAUGGCCAGUGGAGCCACGGCAAGAAAAAAGACAAGUUCAGGGUCUCUACGUUCUCAAGGAGAGGCUCAAAGCAGGAUAAAUUCUCUGAAGACAUGAAGCAACACAAGAGUCAGACUUUACCUCUUCCACGGAAAUCAUCUAAGGAGUAUUUUCCAGAUUACUCGGCAGAGAAGCAAGAAGAUGACCAUUUAGGUUAUGCUGACUACAAGAAAACUCCACUGAAAACAAAAGUGAACCAGCUUCUCAGACGAGCAUCAACGGUCUCCUCUGCUUUCGACGCUAAACUCAUUAACAAAAAAAAAGGCUCUAUGGCAGACGACAGCACUGGUGAUGAAGAGAGUGGUGGACGACAUGAUGAGACCGACGACCACGGAUCUAAGAAGAAAAAGAGAAUGAACAUCAAGUUCAUCCCGCAGAGAGGAUUUACUAUCUCCAUGGAGAAGGACAAGAAGCCUAUGGGUGCAGAAGGAUACACGCCGCGCAAGGAUUCUGGGAUGGAUGAUGACCUCAUGAAACCCCCGUACGUAGAUCCUGGAUCACAUGGGUCCGUGGAUGAUUUGGAAGCUGAAGACUGCAAGCCUAAGAGAUCACCGAUGAAAAAGCUGCUGCAUCGCGGUCAUCGCUCUUCAAAGGAAGACAUGCUGGACGACUGUCCCAAAAAGGGUAGCUUCUCUGCAGAGGAGUUGGAUGAAGAAGAGCAGAAUGGGAUGGACAAUUUGGGUGAUUAUUAUUAUGAUGAUGAUGAAGAUGAGGAGGAAGAUUCGAUAAAAGGCUGCAGGAGCCCCAGGGAGGCCUACGACUAUGAGGUGGAUGAAUUGGGAAUCACCAAGCAGAAGAAACCAUCCAAACUCAAAGUCUUCAGAAAGAACAAGUCGAAAAGUAAACGUCCAAAGGAGCAGUAUGACCUUCCUCCAGGAGCUCCGCCUGGCCUGUCUGAGGCUGCCAAGGCGGAGUGGAUGGCUGCUCAGAUGGACGAGCGCGCCAUGGCAGGUCUGGAGGAUGAAGACGCUGACGGGGACACUGACAGUCUGAUGGAGUGGUGGUACAAAGUGGAACAAUGGGACGAGGUGCCGUCGGACGACGAGAACAAAAUGUUACAGGAGGACGAGUCCAAGUCCUUCACCAUUUUGGCAGACAAAGUGGACCGUGGCUUGCGUGUCUUCAACAAGGUGUUCACCGAGCGAGCCGAGCUCCUCUGGCAGUACAUCAUCUCUCUUCACGCCAUCGCUGAUGAUAUCAGCACCUUCCACAAGAAGGCAAAGAUCGCCAACAUCACGGGUGGGACGACCACCGCUGUCGGAGGUGUGACCGCCAUCGCUGGCCUCGCUCUGGCGCCUGUCACCAUGGGGGUGUCCCUGGUCGUGACGGCUGUCGGUUUGGGGGUCGCAACCGCUGGAGGGAUAGCGUCUGCCUCCGCCACCAUCUCUGAUAACGUCAACAACAUGCAUGAUCGGAAAAAGGUGGAGUCUUUGCUGCUGGAGUACGAAGAGAACCUGCAGGAUGUUGCCAAGAUCCUGCGCUUCGUCAACCACGGCAUGUACAAGCUGCGCGGCCACCCUUUCCUGCGCUCGGGCACUCAGCACUACUCGCAGGACUGGGACGUCCGCAGGGCCGUCCAGAUGAUCAGCAUGGCAGACUCACCUGUGAUGCGGGCCACUGAAAUAACAGACGAGGCCUUGUCCACCCUGCAGGGACUCUUCCAAGGCAUGGACAAGUACUUCAUCAAGGACUCUCGUGAGCUGAAGAAAGGCUGCAAGAAGGAGAUCGUGGCUCAGAUAAAGGAGUUGGCCAGUGUGCUCAACGACGCAAUAGUGGAGCUCAACGGCCUCAGAGAAGAGCUGCAGGACGCCUUUGGAGCGAUGUGAUCAAGAAAAAUGUGUCGGAGACUACUGCCCUCUGCUGGUUGAACUCGCGAAAUGACUGCGUGAUGUUGCUUUUUUUUAAGCUUUCCCUAGUUUCAGUGACCUUUGUGUUGCAGUGAAGAGCUAAAGCGGGUUGUUUGUGGUUGAAUUUUGCAGAAUAAGCGGAAGAUUGUACAUUAGAUUUGAGUCACACUCAUGAACAUUUACGUGAAUGCACAGUUUUUAUUAAUGUACAGGUUGGUGAAAUGAAGUCCAAAUCGACAUAUAUCACACAGGAUGGAGGCUCCACGGUGUAGAGGACAAUGGGGAAAAAAAUAUCCUUCCAUUUUAAUGAUAUAUUUAAAUGAAGUUAAUCAUGUUAUAGCGCAUAAAUGCAUAUAAUACUUUAUUUUUCUGACAUUACAUGUAUGUAAAGUAAAUUAUUUUAAUGCUUCAUUUGUGGGAUAUAAAAAUAAACUGUACAUUAAUUAAAUGGCAAAGUGUUCUUACAUUUAUUUUUAUGCUGAAAUGAUUAGUUGAAGGAGCUUAGUGUUUAUGUGACAGUCUCAAUCACAGGACAACAUAAAAAUAACAGUGCAAAAUUAAUUUCUUCUCAAAUCCAGUUGUACUUGUGAAAAUUUAUUUUGUUUUGUUCUUUAUGUACUACAUACAUUUUCAUACAAAAAACAAUGUUGAUGAUUAUAAAUGGAGUGUCUGUCAUGUAUAUGUGGUUAGUUGGUGCCUCUGUAUCUUUGGUGGUGAACAGCAUGGGGUGCAUUCAGUCGAUCAAUAUCUGUUAAUGGUAACGGGGCUAAAGACAUGUUCAGGCUCGGGUGCCUCUCAUGUGGAUUGUAACACAGAUAAUGGGUAUAUUCUGGUGAAGGGGCUGAUCUGUUCAUUAACUCCACAGUCACGUUCCUCAUCAUUUUGGGUGAAUAUGUUCAGUACAACUUUCAACAUGGGGUCAUGACUAAAGAGAGGACAAAGGAGCCAGUUGUGUUUCUCUGGCACACUUAGACCAAGGAUAUUUUUUAUCAACAUUUUCAAUAAUUUAUGCGACGUUUAAAUUGUUUUAUUACACUGUACUUACUGUAUAAAUGAAAACAUGUGAUGUUUGCAUUUUUUAAUCUAAAACACAGCAUCUACUUUUCCUGUCCUGUAUUGAAUGUGUGUAUAAAGUCGUUGGUAAUCGAUUAAAUGUUGUAUAUUUUUCAUGAAUAAAUCAAGCAAGCA